AUGCUGAUACAACACCUCGUGGAUAUGAGCGUCAUAAAGACCAUAAUAAUCACAAUCUUAAGCAUUUCGACCGUUGUCUUUGUCGCGCUUUUCGGACGCCUGCCAGCGUUUCGACGCACGCCGAUCGCAUUCUUACACAAGCUUCUCACGCGCUCGAUACCAAAUGCCUUCAUCAAGGUCGAUACCGUCCUCACAGGUCGGCGGCUUACUCGCGGCUUGUACUCAACUGGGCAUUACUUGAUGUUUGAGAAGCAUCCACUUGUCCUCAUCUUCUUCGUCGGCCUACAGACCGGUGGCGAGGCAGCAAUGAUCCCCGCGCUCUGGCCCACCUUAGCAAUCUACCACAAAUUCCUCAUCCCAAUCCUGGUCGCACUCCCGCACUACUACCUCUACCUAACCGCGACAACAUCGUCCGCCAUCAUCGUGCCACCAGCAAAGGUCUCCGGACCACCCAACGGAGCCACAACCUCACCCCACAACAACUCAACCGCCCUCACCGACCACAACCUUCCACGACCAGCACUCGCCCAAACCACCGCCAGAUUCGCCCCCAACUCACAAGCCACCCCAGACUUCGGCCCCUCCCAUCACCGCGCCAUCCACGCCUACCCCUACGACUACCUCCUCUACCAUCCCGGCUACUUCUGCAGCACCUGCCACCACCCAAAACCGCCCCGCAGCAAGCACUGCUCGCUCUGCAAAGCCUGUAUCCAAAAGGCUGAUCACCACUGCAUCUGGGUCAACAACUGCGUGGGGCGCAACAACUAUCUUUAUUUCCUGCUGCUCCUCGUUGCGAUUACAGCGCUGUUGAUCUACGGCACCUUGUUGGGGUGGUGGUUCAUGCGCGCACACCUCGACGCCCGCUUCGUUGGGCCCUUGCGCGUUGGGCACCCAGAGAUGAAUUAUUGGAGCAGCAACACGACCUGGGGCGAAUGGUUUGACAGACUAGCAUGGGCGCUGAUGCAGGAUGUACGGGUGGGAGCAGUAGCGUUGUUGUGUGCGAUGUGUACGCCCCUAGGCGCGGCAUUUCUGGGAUAUCAUGCGUAUCUGCUGUGGGCGGGGAUGACGACGAACGAGCAGGGGAAGUGGGGGGAUUGGAGGGAGGAUGUAGCGGAUGAGGUUGUUUUUAGGGCGGAGUUGGGGAGUCUUAGAGAGGGGAUGGGGGAUGGAGCGGGUGGGAAAGAUGGUGCGGAGAGGCGGCUUCCGAGGCUGGGUCUGUAUCCUAUGUUGCCGCCUGAGGUGGAGCCUAGGGCGGAGGAUGUGGACUGGCCGCCUAGGAGGAUGGUGAGGAGUCGGUGUUGGUCUGGUGAUGGGGAUGAUGGUGGGGAGAAGUACAAGGCGAAGCACUGGUAUAUUCGAACGAGAGACGGAGACCAACCAGCCCUUCACGUGAAAGCAGAGGAGGCCGUGGCUAGAGGGAUUCAAGGUGGUGAAGUGAUAGACGGCGAGAUCGAGGUUGACGAUCACAGGUGGGAGCGAGUCAGGGACAUGCGUCGGGAGAUGGACAAUAUUUAUGACCUGGGAUUUUGGGGAAAUCUGCUGGAAGUGGUAUUGCAUAGGGAAAGGUAG